AUGGAGAGAAGAGGGACUGCAGCCACCCCAUUUGCAAAAGAAGUGGGUGUGGCUCAUGCAGAAGGAGCCAACCCACCCCUCGGCAGUUCUUUUCACACUUCCAUCACUUGGAGCUCCCUUCUGCCUCAUAGAGCUCCCUUAUUUCUCAAGCUACUUUGGGGGUGUUUUUGCAAUUUUGCUGUUCUAUUUGUGGGGUUUCUUGGUUAUUUUGGGUCACCUCGUGAGUUUGAAGAAAACAGUCCUUUUCAAAGUCCCCGACAAGUAAUUGAUUCUUAUUCAUCUACUGGCGUUAGCCCUAGCCCAGCAUGGGCAGCUCUUUCCUGGUACAUGAUCUGGGUCGGAACUUCGUUAUCCCUCCCGUUGAUAUACUGA